AAUUUAUCUGUCUUCAGUGGUGUCAACGUCGGUGGACGACCGGACACGAUUGAAAAAUUUGUGAACAGGCCAAACAGUAUUUCAUUACCUAUGCCCCUAAGCACCAACUUAAUUGAUGAUUUUCCAAAUUCUUAAAUUUUCCAUGAAGUUCCACGAAUUCUGCUGCAUUUAUUUUACCGCUAUUUCCCCGGUGUUUAUUUACAUUUUUACACGACCUCGCAGCCCUCAGAACCCAUUGGAGUUCAUUGACCGGUGCGACCAAUGGGCGCGAGGUUAUCCACAGUGAAAUCCUAUGCUUCUCCAAUGGUCGGCGCUAGGACGUGCUCGUCGGAAGAGAAGCGGGAGGGAGAGAUGAAACGGGAGUUGUCUGGUAAGGGACUCUACGAGGAUGGUAUGACUUGCGAGGAGAUGAGUGCAAUGAUUCAAGCUUACAAUGCAUCAAUAAAUAACAGUGGGGAGAUGAGUCAUCAAAAUUCCUUGUCCGAGAUCAUUCCAUCGACUCCUCCAGCGGAAGGCACAUCUCACAAACCAUCUCGGUCGACCCGAGACUCCACCUCGCCAGAGCGGCCUUCAGCAACAUUCUCCAAUUAUUCAAAAAUUCUGAACAAAAAGUCCCCAGAAGAUAAGCUACAGAAAUCUUCGGAGGGUUCAUCAGAGCCAGCCGUCGUUGAUGGGCCACUACACGUGUUAUCCCCAAGUCCCCCCAGGUAUGGGAUGCCUAAUGCUACCUCCGAGACACCCUCGCCGAGCCAGAGUGUCACGAACCUCCCCAAGAAAAUCCAGAAUGUACCUCAAAAGCUGCCGAGUUUACUGCAGGGGCUAAGAACCGAGAUAUGGAGGAUAGACCCCUGGGAUCCCAAGCAGGAAAAAGAUGUUCCUCUGAAGAAACUCCAGCGUUUUCAGGGCUCUCGGCCCCCCGCGAGGUACAAGAUGGUGGAUGGUGUGCCUCAGAUACCGGAUGAACUGAAGAAAUUCGUGGACAUGAGCCUCAUGGAGUGCCACAUAUCAUACUACGAGGACCACAAGGAUGAGUACAGUAACGAGGUCGAGUGGGGGUCACCCAUCAAGAUGGCAACAGGUACCUGGAACGGGAGUCUCGACAAGGUCAUCCGUCCCGAGUGCGAAAUCCCGGAACGUUCCCAAUCACAGGAGAAAUCCGCGAUGAAGCCGGAAUCCGAAGUGUUGAGUUGCAACGUCUAUGAUGACGACGACGACAAAGACUUCGAGUCUAGUAGAAAGCGCUCCAAGCCCUCGGAAUGUCGUGCUCUGGGUCCGGUGAUGAGCGCGUCAAACCGUCGUACCCGGACUACUCCGAGGCUGAAGCAAUCGCCAAUGGAGGAGGACGAGUCCACGAAAUCAGACAACAAGGACGCAAACUGGAUGGAGCGACCAAAGACCCCUUCUUCUAGGAAGCGUCCCGUAAAGAGUCGAGACUCCAGUGGUCCACAGGUAGCAAAGUCGACUCGCGACGUUUCUCCAGAAUUCGAGCCCCAGGAAAUUCCCCCAGAGCUGAGAGGAAAAACCUCAACGCCAUCAGACGGUUCGAGUGUCAAAAAUGAGCCCGUGUACCCCAGGAGGAUAUCACCCCCGAAUCCCUCCAGAUUUCGAGGGCCCAGGAGUCGAAAAACGGUGGGAGUAUCGAAUUUGCUCAGCAAUAGACCACAGUUGUCUGUGGAGAGGAUCACCAGAAAAAAACCAGAAACGAGCUUGACGUCUGACGAGAUCGAAGCCUUGAUCACCGACGAUGAGGAUGAUUCCCCAAUUUUUGUCCCUCAGAAGGCAAGAACGAGAUCUGAGACUGUUUCAACAGUAGUGGACGUCGAGGCUCAGGAAGACCGAAAAAAGAAAGAAGUGGAGAAGCGCCGAAGAGACCAGGAGGACCGAGAGAAGCAGGAGAGAGUCCAGCGGAGGAUCAGGGAGGAGAAGCAAUUGAUAAGGGCCAAGGAGGGCAUGGCGACCUUAGAAAAGGAGAGGAGAGACAAAUACAAGGCUGGAGGGCCUGCGAGGCUGGGCAGAAGAACCGAAUUGGAAGAUGACUCUACCAGGAAGACUAUUCUCAACUGGGAUUCUGAAAAUCGCCCGACUCCCAGUGCUGAUGAGGUCGAGGACAUGUUUGCUGUGGCAGCCAAUGCACAACAGGGGGUCCAGUGCCCCAUAUGCUCGAAGUACUUUCCUCACGGCGACGAGAUCGAGACUCAUGCUGCCAACUGUGGGGAUUCAUUUGCGGAUGGGAAUGAAGGCGAUGAAGAGGAGGGUAACAGGGGACCUUCCUCUGGCAGACGAUCUGCUAACGCUUUCGAGUGUCUGAAGUGUGGAAAUUAUUGGACGAGGGAUGGACACGAGUUCGAAGAACACGUGGCAAAAUGUAUUAAUGACAGCGAGACAGCAGGUGGAAGUCGAUCAGCUCCCAGAGACAUACCAGACUCUCCAAUUCGUAGUUUCACCGUCCUAAGUUCAAUAAAAAAUUCAGAAAUAGACUACGCUGCCCAACUCCGUAGGAGGAAGGCACCACCGAGAGGGACUGCCAGUCGCAAAAGAAGGAAACAGUUCUAAAAGUGUCUAUUGUAUGUCUUCCUUCUAAUGGUUUUUCUUAACAUCUGAUUCCGUUACGACAAAUGAUUUUUGUAUAAUUUCAAAGUUCCUUUGCUACCUUAGAUACAGCAGUAUUGAAAUAAAGUGAGUAUGGUUCCUAAAACCAGCGACUGUCUGUGGGUAACAAAAAAUAGCGUUCAAAAUUGUGAACAUCUGUGAUUGAGACGUAUUGAGGGCCUGUGAGGGCCUCAAAGCAACACAUUGAUGCCUUAACAAAUCUUAAAGUUCGUUUCAUUGACGGCUAAAUGAAUUUAUAUAAGUUUUCAAAUUUUUAGCACAGCGUGAAGUCAUAGUUUGAUAGCAUUUAUACAGAUGUUUUUUUUAUUUUCUCUACGCACAUUUGACAUGUGAAUACCCAGUGGGGAAAAAUACCUGAAAUGGUUUCAUUCGUUCAAAAUACUUGUGUAUAUUAAAGAACCAUUUGAUUGGUAAUAAAUUUGAUGAAGUUGUAAUUCUAUCGUUUGUACUCGAUUCGUAGUGGUUUUGAUAGAGCUUCAAAUAUUUCAUUAGUUGUCAUUUAUUUUUAAAUAAAUGAGGUGCCAAGUGGCUUCUCUGUGCAACAAGCAGAACCUUCCUAUGGUAAGUUGUGACCUUUGUGUACCACCUUUACCACUAACCCAUAACUCAACAAAUAAAUGAUUGAACCAGGGAUUAACGAGGAAAUCGCUGAUGUUUAUGGAUCGGCCUCAACCGGAAAAUUUCACAGCGGUGGCGGAUAAACUGCGAUGGUGUACGUACCUGUCGAUAGGGAUUACCACGGAGGACGUGACUGACUGGGUGGUUUUUUUUUUUUCAUCUAGGAAGCCCAGGAACUGAGAAAAACGCGAAAAAAGAAAAAAUCGAUUUUAGAAAAUUCCCGGACCCCGAGAAAAAUCGGAAAUCGUCUCAUGAAUCCAAUGGCGCCAGCCAAAUCGUCCUAGCUAUGAUAUUAAGGAUGGUAAUCUCGAUAUGAGGUGAAACGAUCGCAAAAUAUAAAUUUUCAAUCUAUCGAUCAAACUCAUAUUUUAUUUCUCAUCAUUGAUUAACAGUUUAUAAAAGUUUUAAUUAUUUAUUAUACGUUCUUUUGUUAGGAGAGAGCCGUUUUUUUAAAUUCAGUAAAAUAGAAACACCAGAUGUUUGAAGCGAAAAAACAAGCAAAUUCCAAGAAUAUUGAUAAUUUUCAACAACUUAUUUACGAAAUAAAAUUUUUCUUGUCUCUCCAACUCGAAGGUUCCACAUCAUUUUCUGGAAAUGCCCAUAAAUUGUUUACAGCAUUUUUUACGGCCUUCCUUGAUAAAGACUUCCUUGAAAUUCCGAAGCUGAGUAUAAGAGAUUAGCAGACGAAAAACGUAUCUCCUAGCGUUGAAAGCGUGAAAAAAAUCAUGAAGAGCGAAGUUAUAGUAAUGUUCAUCGGUUUGGCCGCGAUUGGCAGUGCUUUUGCCCAAUCUUAUGACAGUGCUAAGUAUGAACAUAAACAAUUGACCAAGGAAAUCAAGGAAAUUAAUCGUCAAAUCGAAAAAACCGGAGAGAUUAAUUGCUUCACCUCCUUUCAGAAAUUUCUAUCAGCCUUCUUUAAAUUAUUCCCAAUGGCCACUCACUUGCAUCAAAGAUUCCUCUCAGGGCCAAUGGAGUGCGAAGAUAACAAGAAUACUAUAGUGACUUUGUUGAAGAAAAAGAAAGAAUUCAAAGAGACGCUUCUUGAGGAAUUCCAUGACAAAAUGAAAGCACUGCACCCGAUGAAAGGGAGGAAAGGUUACGGAAAAGAUGGAGAACAAGAAAACGCGGGUACAGAAACAGUUGAGAAGAACUCUGAAACAACAAAUCACCCGACUCCUGAUCCAAAAGGGAUUGAAUAGCUUUGAGAAAUUAGUCGCCGGAAAAAAAAUAUUUUAGAGUUGUCUAAAAUAUUGAUAAACUUAUUUUUUAAGGACGGAAAUCCUCGUUGCAUACAUGCCCAAUUAAGUAUCGAAGUAAAUAAAAAUAAUUUGUUAGUCAAAUUUCGUGGAAAGUUGAUCGACAAUAUUCACUAUUUCGCUUUCAAUGAAUAAAACAGAAAUAAAAUUAUAAGACACUAA